AUGUACGACAACAUCUGGUUGAAGCGUGUCUGGAUCCCCUUCUGGGUCAUCCAGUUGCUUUUCUCCAUCAUCCUGCUCGCCUCCAUUGGCCUUGGCUUUGGUCUCCUGCGCGACAACAGGGACGACAUCUCGGACGACUUGUCAGAUGCGGGCUACGACUCCAGCGAUGUCAACCACGCCUGGUCGGCGGUCAGCGCCAUCCUCGCCGUCUGGAUAGCUGUGUGUGCCGUCACCAUCAUUUUCGACAUCGUUGAGAUCUUUUUGCUCGCGCGGAAGAGGCUGAGCCCCGUCGUGGCCGUGGUGCUCAACAGUCUGACGACGCUCGUGUGGCUCGUCUUGAUCAUCAUAGCCUGCAUCGGCGCUGUCAACAGCGGCACUGGACUUGGCAUCAUUUGGCUCGCCGUCAUCUUCGCGACCUGUCUGGGCAAGCUCAUCUACUGUUCGGUCGUCUUGCACAGAUUCCGCAAGACGCGAAGCCGUGGUGCUUACACGCCGGCCCAGGCAGAAUCUGGGUUAGAUCCUGGCUACACUGCAUACAACCCAGCAGGCCCUCCGCCAAAUCCGUUCCGCGACCCUUCGCGAGACCCUUCGCCAGCGCCGACUCCUAACCAAGGCGCUGCAACAGAGUAUUACGGUGGUGCACCCGCUUUCGAGAUGCAGCAACAGCAGCCGCAGCAGCGGUACUACUCAUGA